UAUAGUACAAUGGUAGAUAGAGUUCUGAGUUUGUAUGAAUGCGUAUGUCUGUGUAUGUGACUCGAGUACCGGCGGGAGUAUCACAUUCCGAACCACCGCUGAAGUGGUAACCCCUGCCGUGGACACAAUAAUAAGUGAUACUGAUGUUCAGUCGCUUAAAAAAAUAUGUCAGCCUGUUUCUCUCAUUUUUUGAAUUGUAUGUCGUACCGUCGUAUGAUACAGCAUUAUUUUAAAAAAGAAAUUACUUCAAAAAACUCUGUCUUGAUCUAUGAGCACGUGUACUUCUUGGUACUUCUGACAUCUGUCAGCGACUAUAAAGAAAGUUGAAGAUAACUACGUACAUAUAGUACAUAUGGUACACUAUUCACGGAAUAUAAAAUGGGUCAGGAUUUGUUCGAUACAAAUAAUUUGAUAAAACAAUUUCUUUGCUGCACACCGCUGAAUACAAUGGAUUUACUUGGACCUACGAAAAAUAUUGGUUGUUUUUUUGAUUUAAAUAGGCAGAAAGAGAUUCUAGAAAACACAGUAAAUAAUGACUUAGUUAAAAAAUAUCCUGUAAAACGAUCAUAUCAACAAGCAUUUUUAAAAUUGCUUAUGAAAAAGAUUGAAGAAAGAGACGGCGAAAUUCACGAUGAAAUAUAUGCUGCAUAUUGUAACUUAAUAUCUUUAUCGUUAAAUGAGGUUAUUCAUUAUAGACACUUUUUAAUAGAUGACCAAGAUUCUGAUUACAUAAGCAUACAAGAAAGUACAAAUAUUAUAUCGGAAGGUACAACAGGAUUAUGUAGUUGGCAGGGAGCAGUUGAACUAAGCAAGUGGUGCAUAGAAAACAAAAGUGAAUUUUGUGGAAAAGUCAUCUUAGAACUUGGUUGUGGAGUUGGAUUAACAGGAUUGAGUAUUAUCAAAAAAUGUUCCCCAAAACAAUAUGUUUUUACUGAUUGUCACAGAACUGUCUUAGAAAUGGUUUCUGCAAAUAUCAAGUUUAAUUUACAAAAAAAUAAAGAAACAGUACAAAUUAAACCACAAUUAAAAACUGAUAGAUUAAAAUUUCAAAUGAGGGAUAAUAAUACGAAUGUUGAAGUAAUGGAAUUAAGAUGGGAAGAUAUUAAGAAGUACUUAACCGAAAAUUGGACUGUACCGGAUGUAAUAAUUGGCGCUGAUAUUUUAUAUGAAACAAAUUCAUUUUCUGCACUAGUGGUGGGACUAAAAGCCUUACUGUCUUUUAACAACAGAUAUGGCAUUAUUGCGGCAACGAUUCGUAAUAUGGAUACUUUUUCACUGUUUCUACACCAAUUAGGUAUUUUACUAACCAGUAGAAAUAAUUUGCUUUUUGAAUGUAGGAAUCGGGUGCGAGAUAAGAACAUACAAGUUUUAAAGAAUGGAAAAGACCGUAUAUUAUUCGUUGUAACAAAAGAAUCACUGUAUCACCGCUAAUCGCUGUUUUCAAUUAUACUUUUCGGAAUAAUUCUGACGCUGCCUUGACAUUCGUGCGUUUAUAUCCACUCGAUCCACAUUCGCUCUUUCUUUUUCACUUUCACUCAUACUUGUCUAAUAGCAGUCGCUCGUACGGCCGCGGCGCGGUGUUUUUUAGACAUACAUAUGUACGUUUCGGAACAACAUUAUUUAUAAUAAUAAUAUUGCACGGUGUCUUUAGGAGGUACACUCGAUCAUAUGAUCAGCUUCGGUCAUUGCCCUCCUACAUGAAUAAUACUUUAUAUAAUUAAUAUUUGUUCGUUGAUUUUCAGAAUUACACGAUCUUUCCUUUGAAGAAUGUAGAGUGUCAGAACAAAAAUUACGUAUACAGCCAAUGGAUUCACCUGUUAAAAUAUUAAAAAUUUUUCAAAGAAUAUAACAAUUGUGAUCUAAUGUAUUAGCAUAAUGUCAUUUGUUAUUGGUAAUUAGAAUAUUAGACACUUAAUAAGGAUAUAUAAAGUACUUAUUUUAUCAUAUUGGAUAUCACUUCAUUGAAUAAUUGUGUCAUAUUAAAGUCUUAUUAACAAUUCUUUCUCCGAUUU